UAUGGGGGUCUUCCUCCAGGUGCUUCAGGACAUAAUUUUGGUUCCUCUGGUGGAUAUCGCUCUUUCUACAACAAUAAGAAGGGUAAAGGAAGAUCUAAUCAGGGAUAUAGGUAUCCUCCUCCUAAUCCAAGACAGCAGUUUCCAGCUCAUGGAUCUCAUCCUGCACUUGUAUUCUCUGGGGUUCUUGGACCCUCUCCAUCACAGUAUCUUGGCCGUUCCUCUCCACAGCAAGUUCCUUGUCAAUUGUGUAAUCAACUUGGUCACACUGCUCCGUUUUGUCAUUCAAAACCGUUGGAACGAUAGGGCUGUCAAAUCUGUGUUCAAUUUUCAGGCUCUGCAUACAGUCUCUUCUCCGUCAUCUUCAGCUACCACACCUCAUCAUCAACCACAAAUUUGGCUCACUGACUCGGGGGCCACAAAUCAUAUGACUACAGAUCUCAGUAAUUUGUCAUUGGCCUCUCCCUAUCCCUCUAAUGAGACAUUGCAAACUGCUAAUGGUGCAGGACAAAGCCACAUGGAGGAUAUUAUACAAAGGCCAAUGUAGUCAUGGACUCUAUCCUAUUCCUUCUCUUGUCAAUCAUCAUUCCUUUCCUUCUCACGGCAAUUCUAAAGAUUUUGCAUUGCUUGGACAACUUGUUAGUUCUAAUCUCUGGCACAAUAGGUUAGGACACCCGUCAAAUAAUGUUGCUUCUCUUAUGCUUAGUAGUUCUCACAUAUCUUGUACCAAAGAUUCUGCUCCUAUGCUCUGUCAUAGUUGUUUAGAGGGCAAGUUCACUAAAUUGCCUUUUCAGUCUAAUGAACACAAAUCUGUAAUUCCAUUUGAAAUUGUACACAGUGACCUUUGGGGUCCUUUUCCGUGUAAUUCCAUUGAUGGAUACAAGUACUAUGUGACUCUUAUUGAUGAGUGCACUAGGUAUUGUUGGUUGUUCCCUCUUGUUAAUAAAUCAAACUUCUUUGA